AUGAACGAUUUAUCAUGUAUUAAACUUAAAGUAAAUGGAAUCAUACCAUCGAAUAUGACAUGUGUAAAUAUUUCAUUGGCAAGUUUAUCAUCACGAGGUGAUGAUAAAUUCACUCAAUUGAAAUUAUUUGCAUCACCACAAUUUAUGUCAAAUUAUUCAUAUUCAUGUGGAAGAUUUGAUAUACGAUCUACUCAUACGAUAUAUGCUAAAUCAGUUAAUUCAAUAAUUGAAAGUCUCUGUUCAAUUUUACAAGCACGUCCGUUACUAUUAAUUUAUUUAAAUGAUUAUACAAAUGAAAAUCAUGCAUCACCAGCAGCUUACAUAUUUUUUCUUAAAUUAUUUACAUAUUUACAAUAUCCAAUGUUAACAUUUCAUUAUUUUCAUCCAUUUCAUCCUGGAAAUUUUCCAAGUUUUCGAUUUUUUCAAUUAGCAACAACGUAUCGUGAAGAAGCACGAGCUUUAAUAUCAUUAAUGGAACGAUAUGAUUGGAAUACAUUUUCAUUAAUUAUUGAUCCAAAUUUACCAGGUGAAGAAGAACUUACAGAUGAAUUUGAAACACAUGGAAAUGAACAACGAAAUUGUAAAAACACCUUUUGUAAUCGUAAUCAUUUGAAAGGACAAAAAAAAUUAACUAUACUUUCAAAAAUUCAUAUGACUAGUACAAAUCCGAUACAUAUAAAACAACAAUUAUCAUUUAUGAACGCUGAAACACGUGUUAUUAUUGUUCAUACAACAUCAACAUUAGCAUCAGCAAUUGUUAAACAAGCAAGUAAUAUAAGUCUUACUGGAGCUGAAUAUAUGUGGAUUAUGUCAUCGAUUGUACUUUCAACAUAUAGUAGUGGAGCUGAACCAAAAAUGAAUCCUUAUGAUAAACCAAAUCGACGAAAAAUAGAUUUUUAUACUGGCACAUUAGCAUUACACAAUGAUGUUACUCGAGAUACAGUUCUUGCUCGGUUUGAUAAAUAUAUUGGUCCUAUUUUAAUAAAUGUUUUUUCUAAAAUUACACAUUUGGAUGAAAUAAAACAAUUAAAUACAAAUGUGACAAUACCUAGACGUUCUUCAAUUCGUGAUCGAUUAACAUGUCUUCGAUUAUUUAAUACUGAUAAAUCAUUAAAUCAAUUAAUUUUAAAACAUAAAUAUCCUGAUCUUUAUUAUUUAUUAAAAGAUGAAUUUAAACGUGCAUAUGGAAUUUUUCAACAAGAUGGUUUAGCUGUUGCUGCUAAUUAUUCUGUAUUAAACUUUCAAUCACCAGCUAAAGAAUGGAAAGAAGUUGGUGAAUAUGUAAAUAGUACACUUACAAUAGCUGAUAUUCAAUGGCCAGGUGGACGAUCAAAACCACCGCCAGGCAAACCUAUUAUAUAUUAUUUAAAAGUAGUAACACUUGAAGAACAUCCAUUUGUUAUGCUUAAAGAUCCAUCUAUUGAUGGACAAUGUCAACCAGGUUCAGUUAUUUGUCGUAUUGGACCAGAAAAUUCAGGUGCUAAUCAUAGUGAUCCACUGCAUUAUCAAUGUUGUUCAGGAUUUUAUAUUGAUAUAUUUAAUAUACUUAAAGAUCGACUUAAAUUUCAAUUUGAACUUUAUCAAGUUCCUGAUCGAACAUGGGGUGGACGAAAUCCAAUAACUAAUAAAUGGAAUGGUCUUAUAGCUGAACUUCUUGACAAUCGAGCUGAUUUAACAUUAACAUCAUUGAAAGUAACUACAGAACGAAAUUUAGCUAUUGAUUUUAGUGUUCCGUUGAUGGAAACGGGUAUUGCUUUAAUUGUAUCAUUAAGACCAGGUGCUAUUUCAACCACAGCAUUUCUUAAACCAUAUGAUUAUCGAAUAUGGAUUCUUAUUUUAUUAGUAACACUUCAUGGAGUUGCAAUAACGGUUUUUCUAUUUGAAUAUUUUCAAAAAAGAUUUACUACACAUGCUAUUCAUCAUGAUACACAAAAUGGACAAGUAGUUUGUAAUACAUCAUGGCAACAUGUAUUCGAUCUUUUUCGAGCUAAAAGAAAAAAAGAUUUGAAUAUAACAUUUUUUCAAUCUGUUUGGCUCAGUUGGGUUAUCUUAUUUCGAGCACCGGCAAAAGUCAAUAAUCCAAAAGGUUUUACAUCAAAAUUUAUGGCUAAUGUUUGGGCAUGUUUUUGUUUAGCAUUUACAGCUAGUUAUACAGCUAAUUUAGCGGCUUUUAUGAUUACAAAAGAUGAGUAUUUUGAUCUAUCGGGUAUAACUGAUUAUCGCAUUACCAAUCCUCAUUCAAUGAAACCACCAUUCCGUUUUGGAACUAUUGCAAAUGGAAGUACCGAUGAAGUCGUGAAAACUAAUCAUAAAGAAGUUUAUGCAUAUAUGAAACAAUUUAUGAAAAGAAAUGUUUCUGAAGGAAUCAAAGCUUUAAAAUCACAAGAAUUACAUGCAUUUUUAUAUGAUGCAGUUGUACUCGAUUAUUUAAGUGGACAAGAUGAUAAAUGUAAAUUACGUGUUGUUGGAAAUUGGUAUGCAAUGACUGGUUAUGGUAUUGGAUUUCCAAAACAAUCAAAAUUUAAAGAUAUGAUUAAUAAAGAAAUUAUUCAAAUGCAUUAUUCUGGUGAAAUUGAACGUCUUCGACAAUUUUGGUUUACUGGCGCUUGUAAAUCCAGUGUAGAUCAACAGCCACAUCGAAGUAGUCAAAAAUUAGAUGAAAGGAAUUUUACUUCAGCUUUUUUACUUCUUUUUGGUGGUACCCUUAUAGCCACUGUUAUUCUUAUUUGUGAACGUCUAUAUUCACGUUUUGUUGCUCGAUCAAAACAGGCCAAUAAUGAAAAUGAAAGCCAUGAAGAUUAUGAACCUAUGAUAGUUACUAAUAAUAAACAUAAUCAUAAUAAUACUGAACGUGAAAAAAAAUUAGAAAAACAUAUUGAAAUAUUACAAAAACGUAUUCAUCAAUUGGAAACAGAAAUAUCCAUGAAAUCAUCAUUAGUACUAUCAGAUGAUAUAAAUAAAAGAAAGAAAAAUAAACCAUCAUUUUUAGUAUUACCAGUAACAUACACACCUGAACCAGAAAAAUCACCUAAACUCGAAAUUAUUUCUUUUCCACCAGUCGACGAAACUAUUACACCAUUAUUACUUGUCGAACAAUUAAAUAAACGAGUAUAUGAAACCAUUGUUUAA